AUGUCGAACAGUAUCCACAAACGCCAUGGCGACCUGACCCCCACGCCUGUGCAUGUUGCAUUCGACGAGGAGAACGAUGGCUUGCUACCGGUAUCUGUUCCAGAAACAAAAUUCAGCCCGAAGCAAAAUGCUAAAUCGUCGAAAAAAUUAUUACCCAUAGAUCGUCCGGCUUUCUUGGUAUUAUGUAUACUAUAUCUCCUACAAGGUGUGCCUGUGGGGCUUGCGUUUGGUUCCGUUCCCUUCAUUCUCAAAUCAAAAGUAUCGUAUAGUCAAGUGGGAAUAUUUUCCUUGGCAGCAUAUCCAUAUUCACUCAAGUUGUUGUGGUCGCCCAUAGUGGACUCAAUUUACUCAUCCAAGGUAGGACGAAGGAGAUCGUGGAUUAUACCGGUUCAGGCCGUUUCGGGAAUCACUCUCAUUUUCAUGGGUGCUCGUAUCGACAAAUUGGUCGAUGAUCCAGUGAAUAACUUGGUUACCAUCACCACCUGCUUUUUCUUGCUUGUGCUCUUCUGUGCUACCCAAGAUAUCGCCGUUGACGGAUGGGCUCUUACGGUUUUGUCGCCUGAAUGCCUCUCUUUUGCAUCGACCGCUCAAACAAUCGGCAUCAAUUGUGGGUAUUUUUCAUCGUUCACGGUGUUCUUAGCCCUCAGCUCGCCAGACUUUGCAAAUCGCUACUUGAGGUCAAUUCCUGUAGACCGUGGUCUCUUCUCGUUGGGACUGUAUCUCACGUUUUGGGGCUACGCUUAUCUUGUGGUGACGGCAUUGCUUUAUUACGUACCUGAAGAUCCUCCACACUUGAAACAGAUAAAUCAAGCCAAGUUGAUGAACGAAAAGGCAAAGCUGGACACCGUGUAUAACCAUAAAUCUUCAUGGUCCGGGGUGUUGAAGGUGUAUCUGUCCAUGUACCAGGUGCUCAAGUUACGAAACGUACAAGUGUACGUGGUUAUUCUUCUCAUCGCCAAAUUUGGUUUUCAGGUAAAUGAAGCCGCUACCAACUUGAAACUUCUUGAGAAGGGCCUUUCCAAAGAAGAUCUCUCUAUCACAGUGCUCAUUGAUUUUCCCUUUGAAAUGAUAUUUGGCUACUAUGCUGGCAGAUGGUCAACUGGUAAAUCACCCUUGAAACCAUGGCUACUAGGAUUUGGUGGCAGAUUACUUUCGGCAGCUGUGGCACAACUUAUCAUCUACUUUUUCCCCAAGGACGGAGUCACCAAAGGUUACUUUAUCUUAAUUAUUUUGCAGCAUUUGAUGGCAUCUUUCAUGUCCACCAUCCAAUUCGUAUCUCUCUGUGCAUUCAACACGAGAAUUGCAGACCCGGCAAUUGGUGGUACUUACUUGACUACAUUGAACACGAUAUCCAACUACGGUGGUACGUGGCCCCGGUUGUUGAUCUUUUAUUUCAUCGACAAAUUGACCAUAGCCAAAUGUGAACCUCCAGCAAAUUCUACUCCAUCCACAUUGGCUCAGUUUGGAUUCGACGCCAAUACCGAACCUUUGAAGGAAAAGUGCCGCCAGCUCGGCGGACAAGUCACCAUCUUGCGUGAUGGAUAUUUCUAUACCAACUUUUUCUGUAUAAGUUGUGGAGUCUUAAUUCUUCUCUGGGUUAAAAGAAAGCUCACCUAUCUUCAAAGUCUUCCUAACAGUGCAUGGAGGGUAGACACUUCAUAG